CGCAACACAACCCCGCGAUACAGCGACUGUGCGAAAUAUGAUACCCAGAGAGUUAUAAUUAUCAUGAAAUACCUCCCGUGAGGAGGCACCAACUUCAAAUAUGGCGCAAAUGGGCGUCAAGGCGCGUCAAAGACAGGUUUUCAACUCCGUCUUCGAGAAAUACACUGUCGCUGUCUCUGAGCCCACUCCCAAGUCGACGCCAAACACCGGAUUCACGGCGCCUGGACAGCCAUUUGGAGGAUUUAGAGGGACGGGGAAUCAGCAUCUUGUGACCCGUAGUGCGGAUUAUCAACCUCCAUCCGAUACCCGGUCGGACUCGUCACGACAUGUCCAGGACCAGGUCACUUGGGACAGAUCAUGGCACGUAGUGACCAGCUGGCUAUCAUUCCAGGAUGAACCCUUCAGUCCUUAUGGACAAGAGAUUCAUAGCGCGGAGAAGGCGUCGCCUCCAUUGAAAUACGGAACGGCUUUACUGGAUGUCUUGACGCCGGAAACCCGCCUGCCAUAUGCGGCGCAUCAUGAAGACCUUGUGAAAUGGUUGUCCCAAAGUAUGCGGUCUCAUUUUUUCCGGACGGUGCAGCCAUGGCUUGAGAAUGCUGUUACUGGGUUUGGCCAUGAAGAGCUGCUGCAGCGUACGCUGCAGGUUUUGGUGCAAGCUCAAAGUUUGUACCUGGAUAAGGUGACUGAAAUAGAGAAGACAUUGAGCCACCGGAGCUCCUCCUUACCGGAAUCAUUUAAAGGCGGAUUUCAUCGUGACUUCCAGGCUCUGGUGAGGAAAUCUGUGCCCGAUUCUGUCUGGGAGACCGUUGAGUGGUAUGUGAAUCGAGAGAUCCCUAUCGUUCUCGCUGUUCCUCGCGUUGUGGACGGCACCCGGGUAUCUCCAGACAAGAUGGAACAAGAAGAUGCCAGGACGAAGCUUCUGGCGCUUGCACAGGCAUUGCAUAAUGUCGGCUUAGGGGGCGAGAAGUUCCAGAUCAUGUUCGCCGAGGCCAUGAAUACUAGCAUGUCUACAUACGUUUAUGGCACUUACCAGCGUGUAUGGAAAGAUGAGCCAUCCCCGCCAACUCUCGCGGAAGUUACAAAACGGAGAAAGUCUCAGCACUUCAGGAGCUCACUCGUUGGCCCCUCAUCGCUCUCCACCGAGGAAGAGCCCCUAGUACCGAGAGUGGUGAACCACUCAAAGCCAUCCAGAUGUGUUACAGAUCUCUGUGCCUGGACAGAGAACGAGUACGCUCGACUAGCUGUCGAGAUAUUGAGUCAAUUAGACUCCACCGAAGUCGCAUAUAGCGACCUGGAAAAGUGGAAAGAAAUGGCUAUUGGACGCCUCGCAAGCCUCCGAACUUCAGAGUUAUUCGACAUUGUUGUCCAUUGGCCCAAUGGCGGCGGAGCAAUUGACGACCUCAGAACCGCUAUUACUACGCCACAGCGUCGCCUGCAGUUAACUGAGGCCUUUACUGUGGAGCUUAAGGAGCGACUGCUACACCCUGGGAAGUCAACCCUGGAGAUUUUGAGAACAUAUAUUGCUAUGAUAUGCUCCUUCCACGCGCUGGACCAUUCAAAGGUUCUCCUUGAUCGUGUCGCCUACCCGUUACAAGUUUAUCUGUGUUCGCGGGAAGACACCGUGAGGAUUAUCAUUACUGGUUUGCUGGCUGAUAAGGAUGUUGAAAAGGGCAAACCCAGCAGCUCUAAUGGAGACAAGCUUGUUGAGCUGGCAUAUUUGCUUAACAGCGGCGUUGAUAGUACACAGGGCCCUGACGAUGAUAUGGAUUGGAAUGAUAUGGAAUGGGUUCCAGAUCCAGUGGAUGCUGGCCCUGGAUAUAAACGCCGAAAGAAUGUUGACAUUAUUGGAACAUUGAUUGGUGUACUCGGCUCCCAAGAUGUCUUCAUCAAGGAGUUCCAGAGUAUCAUCGGGGACAAUCUCCUCAAGAACGACGGAGAUUUCGACCGAGAGAUCAAAGUCCUCGAACUCCUCAAAACCCGCUUCGGCGAAUCCAGCCUCCAAAGCUGCGAAGUAAUGAUAAAAGAUAUCCAAGACUCUCGACGCCUCAACAGCGCCAUCCGGCGCGCCCAAAAACUCGACCCCAGCGCCGAAGAAAUCACCACCGCAAGCCUGCACACCCUCCGCACCGCCCAAGACGACAUGAGUCCCGAAGGCCUCCUCAAGCCCUCCCUCCACGCCAAAAUCCUCUCCCGCCUCUUCUGGCCCCAGCUCCAGGACGAGACUUACAAAGUCCCCGACCCUAUCGCACACCUCCAGCAGCGCUACGAGGCGGGUUUCGAGUCUCUCAAGAACGCAAGAAAGCUGGCGUGGUUGCAUGCUCUGGGUCACGCGACGGUGGAUAUCGAACUCGAAGACCGCACUAUCACGGAGGUGGUCCACACUUACCAGGCUGCCGUCAUCUGGGCCUUCCAGGGCGCGCCGCAGGGUGCUGAACCGGUCUCGAGGAGCUUCGAAUACCUCGCUGAGCACCUCCAAAUGGACGACGGGCUCCUGCGCUCUGCGCUUGCCUUCUGGGUCGGCAAAAUGGUCCUCCACUCUCCCCGCCCCGACGAGUUCGCCGUUCUCGAAACCCUCAACCCCGCGGAGCGACAGCGCUCCGACGCCGCAGCCGCAGCUGCCGCGGCUGGUGGAAGUACGGAUGAUGGACCUGCGCGGGGGUCACAGGUGGAGGAUAAGAUGGCUAUGUACUGGAAGUUCAUCCAGGGGAUGCUAAAGAAUAGCGCGGCGAAGAUGCCAUUGGCGCAGAUUGGGAUGAUGCUUAAGAUGCUGAUUGUAGAGGGGUUCCCGUAUAGUAAUGAGGAGCUUGCGGAGUACCUUUCUACGAAAGUGGCGGCCGGGGAGCUGGAGUUGGCGGGGGGGAAGUAUAGGUUGGUUAAGAAGUAGGGGGCGCGUGCGUGGGUAUACCCGGAUAUAUUAAUAAUGGACCUAUGUUAUCUACACGCGCCGUUCAUUCCUUCCGCCUUUGCCGCCAUCCCACCAUAGCCGUCGCCCCUUUACUCCUUCCACAACCACCGCUCCUUCCACUUCCACAUCCACAACUUCAACCACCGCACCUGCCCUUCCUCAUCAUUAAUAUACACAGU